CACACACGCGCGCACUCUAAAUUUAUAAUUACAUCCAUGCAUAUGAACAGCACGGACACUGGAAAGGUAUCCGAGCGCAUGUGGGGAGGGGGACAUUAUUCUACAUCACAUCACACGGCGUUACAUGGCGUCCUUUCCAGCGACGCACUUGCUCGCGUUCUCCGUUUCUGACCCAUAGGAUCUUACAUGUUUUGACUUGCAAGCGCUGAUUUGAGUCUGUCAUCUUUGCGAACACAUAGCGAAGACUAUGGGUCCAGGUGCAUCCUCUCCGAAUAUUGCCAUCAUCGGAGAUUUUUCUGCACCACUCCGAUAUGCGAGGUGUGUGGGAUGUAAAUAAAAGAAGCGCAUGAUGUCGCUUUCCUUCGAGGAUGUUUGCUGAUGGACAGACCUAUGAUUUUAAGACUGACAUUCUUCUGGUAAUAAAAAGAAGAAACUGGAACAUACAAUCAUUUUACCUUCUGGAUAUCAGCAAAUCUGUCAGGCCAGAGUAUGCCAUCUGCACCAACUUACAGAAUCCUACGACCCCUCCUUCUCGGUAUCUUUUUAUUAGGAUGCUUUGUGACUUUGUUUUUAAUGUACAUCAAACCAUCUACGAGCUGGUUGUCAGGCCCGGUUGAGUCAGAAACAUCCACAGCCCGAGUGAAGAGCCUCCUUUCCACCCGAAGUGAGCAGAACCAGACCACCGUCUUGGUCUGGCUUUGGCCUUUCGCUGAGACCUAUGACCUGAACGUCUGCAGCUCUUUGUUCAGCAUCGAUGGCUGCUUCAUCACCGCCGACCGAAACCUUUACAACAAAUCCGACGCCGUGGUCAUACAUCACAGGGACAUCACCAGCGACCUGUCCAACAUGCCACCGGCGUAUCGGCCCACGUUGCAGAGAUGGAUUUGGAUGAACUUCGAAUCACCUUCGCAUUCAUCUCAGUUACCAGGAAUUGAAAACUUGUUUAAUUUAACUCUAAACUAUCGGCAGGAUGCUGAUAUAGAAGUGCCUUAUGGAUCGAUUGUCGCAGCCCAAGGAGAGGAGGACUUCGUGCCACCGAGCAAGAACAAGCUGAUUUGUUGGAUCGUCAGCAAUUGGAACCCAGACCACGUCAGAGUGAAAUACUACAAUGAACUCUACAAGCACAUCGAGGUUCAUGCAUACGGACAAGCAUUUGGUGAGUACAUUUCUGACCAGGACUAUUUCCCUACAGUUGCAAGCUGUAAAUUCUAUUUGGCAUUCGAGAACUCGAUUCACAAAGACUAUAUCACUGAGAAAUUGUACAACCCGCUCUCCGUUGGCACCGUACCCGUUGUGCUCGGACCACCAAGGGAGAACUAUCAGAACUUUGUGCAGGGAAAUGCUUUCAUCCACGUUGAUGACUUCCCGUCUCCGAAGGAGCUGGCUGAUUAUCUCCUGUUCCUUGACAAAAACGAGGAGCUUUACCUGAAGUACUUUGACUGGCGUAAACACUUUAAGGUGAAAAAGGCGUACUUCUGGGCCGAGCACACUUGUCUGGCUUGCGAUUAUGUCAGAAGGCACAAUGAGUACAAAGCAAUUAACAAUCUUGACAAAUGGUAUUGGGGUUGAUUCACAACUGAACCACCGGACCAGAUUAAUGAAAGUGGCUUGACAAUAAGACCUCAUAUAACUUAAUUCCAAUGAGGGUCUGUUGUGAGCACUUGCAGACUUUUAUUUUUGUAAAAUGUCCCAAAGUAGAUGUACAUUUAUUUUGUGUUCUGUUUCAAACGUUUAUUAAUAUGGAUGCAAAUUAUGCAGUGUAGAGUUUAGUAUGUAUUUAUUUGGAAAGCUGAUUUUGACCAAAAUGCAUUUAAAGGGAUAGUUCACCCAAAAAUGAAAGUUCUCAUUUGCGCGCCGCACCAUCUUGUUGUUCCAGCUCUGCAUGACUUUCUUUCUUCUGUGAAGUCAAUUAUAUUUUGGAUGCAAUUCAUGCAUUUCAGAGUUAACAUGAAGGCACAUAAAAAUGAGAUAUUUUAAAGAGUGUUUCAACUAAUUCUACCAUCGAAUAAAAAUCUAAAAAAGUUCAUUGCAACUUUUUAUCUCAAAGCUCAGAGAAGUAAUAAGAUACAAACUUGUAAAUGCAAGGGGAAAAGUCACAUUUUUAGUUUUAAAAAAAUCAUUGCAGAGAAAAACAAACAAUUGUGAAAAUCAAAGUCAGUUUUAAGGCAUACUGAUUGCUGUUUUUUCAUACUCAAACUUUUUAAAAUUCAGUGUAAAUGGGCUUCCAUAGUUUUUACCAGUACAAUGUAAUAAAUAAAAUAGCAAAAUAGCUAAAAAUAAAUAAAUAGUCCAAAAUAGCACACAAAAGUAAUAUUUCAAAAGCUUAUUUUCUGUUCUGUGGAAGAAAAUAAGUCAUACAGAUUUGAAAUGAUAUGAGGUUGAUUAAAAGAGAAAACUGUAAUUUUUUUGUGAAAUAUCGCUUUAAAGUUCAGUUUUGCUGUUUUCAUACACCUACCUACACAUUAUACAGGAAGUCUGUUAAUUUGAUGAGAACCGAGCACUUUCUGAAACUAAGAUUUUUAUGCUUUAUUUAUGUCAUUGGUUACUGUGUAAAUGUUAGUGCUAGAGUCAUCUAUGCAGUGUUUACAGAACUUAUGUUGUACAAAAUGUCCAUGUACUGUAAAUGUAAUGUGUAUGUAUUUUGAGACAACCUGCCUUUCAUUUCCAUGGUUUUGGAUGUUGUUUUGCGCAUUCAUAUUUUACCAUACCAUAAUGGACACCUUAGUGACCAACAUGCAUUUGCUACUGAAAAACAAACAUGCCAGAAGUGCGUCAUUGCUGAUAAUGUUUUACUCUACUGAAUAACUGCUGAUAAUAUCACUGUUAAGUAGCUUACAUGGCUUGAAUAUGUGAUACUGUGAAGUAUCAAUGUGUACUGUGAAGUUCUGUCUUUGAAAUAUUUAAAUGUCACUUUU